UCAGUAUUAUUAGAAUGGCAAAUUAGGCAGUUGUUAAUCAAAUGCUCGACGAAAACGCAAACAGUCCGGGCGCUAUAAGAAAAAGAAAAUGUUGACACCUGCACAAAAAGAAAUAAACGAGAUAACGAAAAAAUUCAUGUGUUAACGCUUAUGACACAACUGAGUGGGUGAAAAUUAAAAAGAAUUUAAGAGCAAAGUUAUUAAUUGACAUAUAUGUACUUAAAUUUUACUAUGGAUAUAGUGUCCAAUUAUUUUGAGAAAGGUCUGGUCUUGGUUAUUGCCGACUUGCUUAGCCUGAUAACGGUGUCAUCUUGUUUGGUCAUAAAGGUGCCACAAAUCAAUACUAUCCGAGCGAAUAAGUCUUCACAAGGCAUCAGCGUUCUUGGCCUUUGCAUCGAACUCUUCAGCUACACUGUGAUGAUAUCAUAUAACUACAGCAGUGGCUAUGAGUUUCUAUCCUAUAUGGAAUAUCCCAUAUUGCUGUUGCAGGAAUAUGCACUCAUCUACUAUACCUUCCUUUACCAAAAUUUAUUGGGUGUUCGCACACAAAUAGUAGCGGUAUUUUAUGCUGUAGUAGCGACAUUGAUAUAUUUGAAAUUAUUUCCGCUUGUGAUACUUGCGUUUCUUGUGCCGUUUUGCACACCAAUUGGCGCUACAAGCAAAGUUCUGCAAUUAAUUUCGAUUCUACGCACAAAGGAUGCUUCAUCCGUUAGUCGAACGACCUGGGCUUUGUCAGCAUUCACCAACAUGACUCGCAUCUAUACGGUUUAUGUACAAUCAAACGAUCUUAUGCUGUUAAGUAAUUUCUUAAUAUCUACAUUUUUAAGCUCAUCAGUGUUUGCUGCGGCUUGUUUCUACAAGAAAAAAGUAAAGUCCGCAUAAGAAACUAUAUAGAGAAAAUUGUAAUUUAAUGCACUUACACCUAUGCACAU